AAGAGAAUGACCUUCAGUUGGCGGACGCCUUGAACAACUUGGGGCACUUGCUAUCAAUGCUUGGAGAGAUGGACGCUGCAGCUCCUUUGCACGAGGAAGCAUUGAAAAUUCGUGAGUUAAGGCAGGACUUGGCGCAAUGCCAUGAAAGUCUGGGCGGGCUUUCCCAGGUGGCUCUCUGCCGUGGUAAGAUAGAUGAAAGCUUGGCCCUUUCACGAAGAGCGUUGGAGAUGGGGGAGCAACAUUUUGGCAAGUACCAUCCAAAUACCACAACUUGUUUGGUGAAUAUUGCAGCCGUGCUAGCCAACGCGGGGGAAUUUGGUGAUAUGCUGCAGCAAUUGAUGGAAGCUGCAAAGCGACAGUCACUGCUGCUACCAGCUGUGAUGGCUUUCAGUCAUGAACGUCACAAGAUGAGUUUUCUGUCGCACGCAAGUGGAGAUUUGGAUUUGAUUCUCUCAGCAGUAUUGGAGUUGAACGGACUCAGACAACUUUCCACCUCAGUGACCGAAUUGACGAAACCCGAUGCAAAUACGAAGGAAGACAUUUUGAACAUCGUUUUUCAACGGAAGGGUGUGUGGCUAAUGUGCCAGAAGGCCGAAAGAUCAAUGUCAUUUUUAGAUUCCCGCAUUGAGCGCUUGUCGAGCAUACGCAGAGAGCUCGCGCAACGUGUAUUUGGAACUACUUCCUCAAUGUCCAGCCAAGCAAUCGAGAAACUCAUGACUGAACAGCGGGAUCUGGAAAGGACCUUGGCUGCUACCAACCGCAUCGACUCCAUGUUCACAUGUGUGAACGUCGCAGAAGUCAGCCGAUGUAUUCCAGAACGCGCAUGCCUUAUUGAAUUUGUGUACAUUCAUCAAGUUGUCCCAGAUUUGAGAGAUGGACUCAAGCAUGUGUUGCGUAGGUACGUAGCAGCAGUGGUCCUCCCGGAUUCAUAUUGUCAUGGUGAGCAGCCUUUGCUGUUUGAUUUUGGCGCCUUGGACGAAGACAUAGAACAAUAUAUGGAGUUCCUGAGCUGGAACCCAAAUCUGUUUGAAACCCUUCCCAAGAGUGUGGUGAGGAGGAAGGUUGCCGACUUCUUUGAAGCUGGGCAUCGAUUGCGAGAAAGGCUUUUCGAUCGCAUUCGUUGCAGAAUUCCCGACCUUGAUCAUUUCAUCGUGGCAGCAGAUGGUCCGCUUGGUAAGUUGCCAUGGCAAGCCCUUCCCCUCCAAGAUGACGGCUAUGUCCUGGAUUUGGACCUGACGAUCAGCUACGUCACCAGUGCCCGAGAUAUACUGACUUGGUCAUGCGAAGUACCUGCUUCUGCAUGUGGUUGCGCUGUCAUUGCUGACCCAACCUUCGAGUUCCCUGCAGCGUCUGAAAGCAGCGCAGCACCGCAAGAAGGAUAUCAACCAGAGGACGACUCGGUCACAGUGGACAGAAUCAUUCCCAUCAGUGGAAAAUUUGUACGCGUCCUGUCGGUUGGUUGCGAACAAAGUUAUGUUGACCAAAUCAUUCAACAGGUUUGCAGUGGAAAUCCUGACUCAGAACAGCAUGGAGGAGGCUUGGGUGAUUCAGCUCUUCGAACAGCCAUCACACAGGGCACUGACCGUGGAGCCUGUUUCGGGCCCCUGAAACACACACGUUUUGAAGGGGAGAUGGUGGUGAAGUGUUUAAAUCAAGCUGCGGAAAAGUUUUACUUCGAACCAACCCAGUCCUUCUUCGGUGAGGAGGCUUCAAGUUUGGUGUUGUUCAAAGUGGGCUCACUUCGCAUUCUCCACAUUGCUACGCAUGGCUUCUAUUUGAAUCCAAAUUUGGAACAAGCUAGUCGUGAACCAUGUCGUUUCAUGCGUGCCCUCAAGGAAGGCCCAUAUCAGGAUCCUUGGCAUUGGUCUGGCUUAGCAUUUGCCGGGGCUCAAACAUGGCUGCGAGAAGGAGCCACCAAGCAAAGUGGCAUCCUUACAGCCGCAGAAGUCCGCGGUUUGAAGUUACCACAUUGCGAGUUAGUCACAUUGAGUGCUUGCCACACGGGCUUGGGUGAAAUGUUCCCAGGUGAAGGCGUACUUGGGCUAACCAGAGCCUUCCAACUGGCAGGUGCCAAGAGAGUGCUUGCGAGUCAAUGGGCGAUCAGUGAUGAUGCCACCAAGGAUUUGAUGAACGCAUUCUAUGCAGAACUGAUUGAAACUAAUGAGGUUGGUGAGGCCUUGAGGCGUGCGCAGAGGAAGCUUCGCAAUCGAGUUGCACACCCUGAAGUUGCUUGGGCGCAUGCGCCGGCGCGGCUUGAGGUGGACCGGGCCCAGGCCACCAUGAUCAACCUCUUCUUUGGCCAUGCCGUUGCACUGAUGGAAGGCGAAGGUGACCAUGUAGCUGGUCGGCAGCAGUCUGCUUCUCAGCUGAAUGCCAUUCGGUUGGAAUUUCAACUAGUUGCACUGCGGAUUGAACAUGAGACACGAUUUUCUGAAAAUAUGUUGUUGGAUAGAGAUUUGGUGGAGAAAAAGAUGCAUCAGGUGGGCUCCGCCGUCUGGACAAUCCUAUGGCCGCUGUUGCCGCGGCGGCGACAUCAGGCAAGGCCCAAAGGCUUCAAGCAUGCUGCGCAUGUGUCCUUCAAUGUGCACCUCAACGGAAAUAUGCGUGCGGCCUACUAUGGAGCCUCCAUUGGCACCCUUGCCCCUCAUCUGGGAGCUGCAUUAGCGCUUCCGAGUGCCAGUGGCGGGGUUGCUACAGCUGGCACUGGCCUUUGGGUGUCAGUCAGUGCAGCUGCAACUGCAUCAGUAGCUGCCAUUACUUGUGGCCUGCGGUGGGCUCUGGCUGAGUGCGUGGAAAAGCCAAGCGUUCAGGCAGACCCACCUACUCUGCCCACUGAGUUGUUGCAAGCUUGCGACGUCGAUCCAUGCAGAAUCCUUGGCAAUGGUUCGACCGCAAAAGUGCUCUGGGCCAAACGCAGGAACAACAAUCAGGUGCUUGCGGUGAAAUGCAUCCAGAAGCUCCAAAUCAGCAGUGCAUCUUGGCAGAAUGAGAUUGCCAUCCACAAGGCGGCCAGCAGCCACCCAAACAUUUUGAAGUUGCAGGAGGCUUUUGAAAAUGACCACAUCGUGGCACUGCUGAUGGAGUUGUGCCUGUGUGAUUUGCGGAGGCUCUUGGCGGGUGGCCCUUUGCAGGAGAAGGCGGCGCGGCUUGCUGUUCGUCCAAUUGCUGAUGCCGUGGAUCAUCUACAUUGUUCUGGCAUCAUGCAUCGUGACAUCAAACCCGAGAACAUACUGGUGAACUCUCAGCGGCAACUGGUGCUCUCGGACUUCGGAUGUUCAAUCUCUGCAGCGACUGCAAAGGGUAUGUGCGGGACUCCAUAUUAUGCGGCGCCCGAGACUUUCAGCGACAUGGAGUACACUUGCCAUGUCGACUGGUGGUCCACAGGGGCGUUAUUCUAUGAAGUUCUCAGUGGCAAGAUCCCAUUCGUGCCGCUGCAACCUCCUCUGCCUUGUUACCGCAAAGCCUUGAUGGCAAUUGUGGCUGAGAUCCGCGCUGGGGCUGACAAACUCCUCUUUCCUGCGGUAUCUGCACAGGCGCGGCACUUUGUGUGCAGCUUGCUUCGGCGAAAUCCGCUUCAGCGAUUGACGCUGCAUGAAAUUGUGGUGCAUCCGUGGAUGAAGGGCGGCGAUUGUGCACCAGCAAGGUCCUCCGGAAGUUCUUCGACUAGCAAGGAGUUUGGGUGUGUUUGA